GGAUGGAAGGUGGUGAAGUUGAGUGAUGAACUUGACAUAAUUAAAAAGCCUUUCGGGGGCUAACGAGAGGAAAACAUGUGCGAUGUGUGUGUUGACUUUCACGACCUUCUGCUCUCCUAUGACGAAAGAUCUUCGAAAGAACAGGAUGGAUUGGCCACUCUUUGUAUUUCCGAUGUGGACACAACACUGCAUUAUGUUAAUCAAUGGGUACAAAGGCAAUGUAUGUGCUGUUAUAGAGAGAUAAAAAAUUUUGAUCGGUUUAUCCGAUUAACGCAGAGCGUUGUGUUAUGUACAUUGCAACAAUUGCAAAUUAUACAACAGAAUGGACAAGAUACGGAUGUUGAAAAAGCAUUGUCCAAAGAUGAGAAGGAAGAAGAGGAGAAAACUGAAGAUGAAGGAAAAGCAGAGGAUUCAGACUUUGCACAAACGGAGACAAAAAAGAAUUGGUCUCAACAGGAUAGAGAAAAAUUGUUCCAUCUCCUUUCGAAAAUAUUUUUAUUAAAUUUUCCUCUUUAUAUCGCAAUGAAACAUGGUGGUGCAAUUAAUCCUUUAGCUCCCAUAAAAGAUGAAGGUGGAUAUUGCGAGCCUCACGACCCGGAAGUACCAGCACCUUUAAUUAGAGCAGUUUCCAUAUUUUGCCAUCAAGGUGGUUUUAAUCUAAUGUCUGCUUGUUUUGAUAUGGAGAAUACAUUAGCUGUUAGUCUAGCACACUCCAUGGUUGCAGUGAUUUGUAACUUGAAACUUUGGUUGAAUUACGGUAGCGUCAUUCAGCUGUUUAUACCAUUACGUAGCCGUGUUAUGAAAUAUAUGUGUCGUUUAGGAGACAAAGAAUUACGCACACCCGCAGUGAGAACGAUGGCUGAUUUCAUGUGGAGCGCCGUGAAAGAUCCCAUCGAUGCUGUAUUACCAAGUUUCGAUCGGGAUGGAUUGGACCUGGCAUUCAAAUAUUUUACUAGUACAACUUUAACCAUGAGACUAGCAGGAAUAGCUCAGAUAAAUGCUCAUAUCACCGCGUUCAAUGAACUUUGCAACAGCGAGACGAUCGCCGAAGUGGAGCAAGUGGGUCACGCGUUGGCAGCUUGGUUGACAGAGAACAAUAUAAUAGCUCAUAUAUUUGGACCAAAUUUGCACGUAGAAGUUAUUAAACAGAGUCACAUUGUAUUAAGUUUCUUAGCCAUGGAGGGCAGGAUAGCAUCCUCGGACAUGGAUACCAUGUGGCAAGCUGCACAAUUAAAGCACUGUGGACGGCCAGUAUAUGAUUUGUUGGCACCCUUAGUAAAGCAUCUGGCUCCGACUCCGGUUCUACAUUUGUACUCGUUAUUAGGAAAACUAGAACCGAAGGACCACACAGAACAAAGUUUAUUCCUAGCGUCUGCUUUGAUCAAGUUUAUUUGGACAACGGGCGGUUCGGGUUAUCCAAGGGGUUUGACUAUAAAAAAUAGAGAAAUUUUAAGAGGAACCAGCGGUGUCGGUGGUAGUAGUACCAGCGAUCCCAGUGGAAUGGAUGGAAGCAGUCCGGACGAGGACGAGGAACCUAGUCCGGCCCCAUCCGAAGGACCUUCACCAAGGAAACAGGCAAGAGGUGACAGCAGCGACGGAGAAGGUCCUUUCAAAGGGAAAACUAUGGGGACAGCAGUUGUACAGGCAAACUUAACCGAAACGGAUGGUUGUUCGGCGUUGGAAAAAUCCGAGUGUAAUGCGGAAUCGGUGAAAGAUUCCGUGUGCGCGAUACAGGAUGACAUAAAAGAAAAACAGAGUGGUUCGGACGUAGAGGCGGAUACGGAGAAAUCGAACGCGGAGGAAACGGUCGCGAUCGAGAAGAAAAAGAGGAAGGUGUUGAGGAAAAGAAAGAAGCCGCAGAAACGUUCUUUGGUCGCUGUAGAUAAAACAUUCGAUGACAUUGUCGGCCAAGAGAGUGAUAUGAAAAGGAAAGAUUUAAUGAUCGAGAUGAAGGGUAGUAGGGCAGAGGACAGCUUAAACAGUUCAUUGGACACUGGUGGAUUGGUGGUUUCUUUGGACGAUCCGAAAGGUGUCGUUGACGCGUUGGAUCGCGUGAAGCAGCAGGCAAUGGCUUUGGAUCCGAACGAUCAACAGGUUCCAACGACGGCAGCAUUAUUGAGACGAGCGAAUAAGAACAAGUAUAUGUCGUUGGUAGGGCAUAACGUAGAUCGGGCUCCAGACUCUGCGGAUACUUCGCACGACGAAGACGAUAGCGACGUGGCUGGAGUUCUCGCUGCGGCGGAUGGUCCCAGCGCCGUUAUAUCCGAGCUUGCUGGUCUGGUACACGCGACAGGACCAACGUUUCUACCCUCGGGGUUGGAUGAAAUGCUGUCCGACGAGGAAGGAUCGUACAGUAGCAGAAUAUCGAACAAAAGCGAGAAAAACAUGGCCGACUUUGACGGAGAGGAAAGCGGUUGCGAGGAGGAAUUAGCUCAAUUGGCGGCACGUCAUUUAACGGCUAUACAAAUGCAAGCUUAUCAUCCGCAUCAUUCGCAUCCGACAAUGACGAUCAGACGUUCGGUUUGCCGUCCCCCGCAGGUACGAAGUGUUCGUCAAACAGUGUCAACACGUCUCAGUUCUCAGUUCAAUUUGGAUAACGUGUGCAAAUCUGGAAACACGUUGUUGUGGGACCUUUUGCAAGACGAGAAAAUCGGUCAGUUGGGAGAAGGUUUGGCAUUAGAGGCCGAAAAGGCAUUGUGUAAUCUUCUUUGUUUUAACGUUGAUCGACUUAUACCGAUGAAAUUUAUAGAGGGCUGCCUGGAAAAUCUAGCAAGCAAUCGUUCGGUCGUCGUGUCUUUAAGAUUAUUACCGAAAUUACUGGCCAGUUUCCAGCAAUUCGGAGCAAUGGACGCGCACACGAUAACGACAUGGGCUGAUCGUGAACGCGGAAUGAUGAAACACUUUUUUAAUAAUCUGAAAACGUACACUGGGACGGGAUCGAAAAAUAGUCUGUAUCCUCAUCAAACGGAAAUCCAAGUUAGGCUACAGUUUCUAUCCUCGAUAUUCUCACCGUUGGGCUCGCCUGACUGUUUUCGCCUGAGUCUCGAACAGGUCGACAUAUUGUGGCAAUGCUUGUCGCAGGAUCCGACGUGUGCCGACGAGCUGUUCAGCUGGUUGCUCAGUCAGGCAAAGUCAACGGAACAGCACGCCCUUGGAAUGGACACGCUGAAACAUUUGUGUAUGCGUAAAUUACCGAGUUUACCGGCCGAAACAAUAAGCAUGACCGGGCUCAGUCUUUUCCAGCAGUUGUGCAAUCUGGCCCGUUUGGCGGCCGCACAUUUGGACAGGCCGUUGAGGGACGUGGACUCGGUUGGUAUGGAUUUUUUGUGGAGAAUCGCGUUGAAAGCGAAAAGCACGGAUGUCAGUAUGGCGGCUAUACAAUACUUGAACGGUUACUACAUGUCCAGACAAUUGACCCAAGAAGCGGAGUUUGUCUCGCAGUGUAUGACCCACCUUGCCGCGGCUAGUGCCGACUUGGAGACAAACGAAGAGGCAAGUUUACGUUGCAUACAAAGAGCUCUGCUGUUGUUGAGGACACACUUGGAGGCGUUUCGUAAACGGUACGCGUACCACUUGCGUCGUUGGGUAUUGGAAGGUAGAGGCGCUGGUAGCCAUGUGGCGAUGAACACUUCCGACAAGGGCCAACAAUUGCGAAUAUUCGUACAGCCGGCUGGUAUCCCCGAGAAAACAAGCUUCACUCUGCUUAGCACCGAUUACGUUGCCGACUUGAGAGCGGAAGUAGCCAAAUGGUGGGACGAUACUCAAAGCAAUCAGGAGAAGUCAUCGUGUUCGACGAACUCGAGCCAGAAUAACGGAUCGGUAUUGGGAUCGCUGCUCACCGACGGGCCGAUCCGAAUGAUCACGCAGGGUCAGGAGUUAACGAUCGAUUUCGACGAAAAAACAUUGCAGGAGAUGGGUUUCAAGGACGGGCAAUUGUUCGCCGCCGCCGCCGCCGCCGCAGCCGCCGCCGGCAACCGAUGUAACAACAAACGAGACAUGGACUCGCCGUCUCUUUUACCGCCACCGCCGCGCGAAUCGUUGCCUACGUUGUUGCUGUUACGUCCGCAGUAUUUCGAGCAAUUGUUCACGCUGAUGAGAACGUUGAGCGCUAUGAAAACGGUGGUGAAAGGUGGACAGGAGAUUCCGCACACAAAGGCCCAAGUACUUUCGAGGCGAGUGUGGGACACGUUGACGUUGCUGCCGACCAGUCCGACGUUGCUCAGAGGUUUCCAGAAGUUGGGAGAAACGACGCUGCCGGAAUUGCUGGAUCCCGCCAGCCCCCAGAAGUUGAUGUACUCUUUGUACAUAGUCGAGUCUUUGAGUAGACGUCAGACAACGAGUCCGCAACCGUCCACCGUGAAUUCCACGCCGUCCUCGGGCACUCACGAGGGCGGAGGUGACGCGGACGAUAAUAAUCACGAGGAGAAAGAGAAGGACAAAGAGAUGGUUGGUUGGUCCACGUUGUUCGUUCAGCACGGUGGUCUGCGGCAUUUGUUCGAUAUCUUUAUGUCCGGAUGUUUGGAACAAGGUGACGGCAGCGAAUGGCAGCAGGAUUGUCUCGCCAGUUUACUGAAGCAGCUCUGUCAUCUGGGCGUUGUCAAAGAAGAGAAGAAACGAAACAAGGCCGACAAACUGCUGGUACCGAAGCUCAGCGAGGCGAUGCUAUCGAUGAUGAACGUGGACGCUGUUAUGGCACGUGUCACGAGUAUAUUGAACGAAGCAUCUCUGCCCAGAGAUCCGAAUCAUUAUAAGACAGGAGUUUUCGGUAGAUCGCAGGUUAUCCAUUACACCAUGGCGCUAUUGGUGUGUUGGGUGCACAGCGACGACACGGUCAGGCAGUAUCUGUUCUCGCCGGCGGAACCGUUCGGGAAGACCUGGCUACGAAGAUUGGUUCUGGAGGAUCCGGAACCGGCAGUCAGAAGAGAGGUUUGCACAGCGUUGUACAGGCUGUGUUUAGGUAGCACAGGAGGAUCCUCCGAGACCGACGAGAAUUCCGAUAUCGCCAGUCUGAUUGUACCGAUGUUGAACACGUUAUUGGAACACAUUGUGAUCGCGGAGGCUAUGCAACCUUCCCACAGGAAACCAGAUCUACCGUUGCACUUGCAUCCGGUAUUGGAGGACGGAAAAGAACCGUACGGACCGGCAUGCAGAGAUUACUUCUGGCUGGUUUGUCGUUUGGUCGACUCUCUACCGGAGGAGGCGAUCAAAGAGGGCGCGGACGAUUCGAACGCGACGACGAUGAUAGAUCUCGAGGCGUUAGCGAUACGAGUGAUCGACAGUGUAUUGAAUCGAGAACACCUUGAAACUCGUCACAACACCGUGGAGGACGACGGUUUGGUCGGAUUACUGAAUCUCACGUGUAACAUUAUGACGCACAAUCCGCCCUGUAAACAAGGAAAAAUCGGGCAAGAUUUGUUACACGAGGUAUUCGAUUUUUUAUUCGCACUACCGAAUCCACAAUCGAAACACGUACCAAAGUGUAAGAGUCAGGUCUCCAGAUCGGCGGCGUUCGAUCUGUUGGUCGAGCUUGUGAAAUCCGCUCCUGAUAAUUACAGGAUCCUCCAUGAGAAACUGUUGGCCCAACAGAAGCCUGGUCCGCAUUCCCCGUACCCGUGGGACUAUUGGCCCCACGAAGAUGGACGUUCCGACUGUGGAUACGUCGGUCUGACCAACUUGGGCGCGACCUGUUACAUGGCCAGCUGUAUGCAACAUCUGUACAUGAUGCCACAGGCACGUGUCUCGAUACUGGGCGCCGAUUGCAAUCGUGCGAACAAGCAUCAACUGACAUUGAGGGAACUACAAAGAAUGUUUGCCUAUCUUUUAGAGUCCGAAAGGAAAGCGUACAAUCCUCGAAGUUUCUGCAGAGUGUACACCAUGAAUCACGAGCCCUUGAAUACCGGCGAACAAAAGGACAUGGCCGAGUUCUUCAUCGACCUUGUGUCCAAGCUGGAGGAGAUGACGUCGGAUUUGAAGAACUUGGUGAAAACACUGUUUUGCGGUGUAAUAUCGAAUAACGUCGUGUCGUUGGACUGCGAACACGUCAGCAGAACGUUGGAAGAGUUUUACACUGUACGUUGUCAGGUGGCCGACAUGAGGAAUCUUUAUGAAAGUUUAGACGAGGUCACGGUCAAGGACACAUUGGAGGGCGACAACAUGUACACGUGCUCGCAGUGCGGCAAGAAAGCAAGGGCGGAGAAGCGAGCCUGCUUCAAGAAAUUGCCGCAUAUAUUGUGCUUCAAUACGAUGCGAUACACGUUCAAUAUGGGAACCAUGUUGAAGGAGAAAGUCAACACACAUUUUAGCUUUCCGUUACGGCUGGACAUGUCCGGGUACGUUGAAAAGAAACUGAUGCCGCAGCAUUAUCAGGAAGAAAAGAAAGCGUCGGAGGAAAAGAAGAAAUCGGAGGGUGAUCGUCGAACGGGGGGAAUGGAGAAUAACGACGAAGAGGAGGACAAGCGAUACUAUCAGUACGAUUUAAUCGGUGUAACGGUUCAUACCGGCACAGCUGACGGUGGGCAUUAUUACAGUUUCAUUAGGGAUCGCACAUCACCGAACAAAGACAAAUGGUUCUUGUUCAACGACGCCGAAGUGAAACCAUUCGAUCCGAACCAAAUAGCCGCGGAAUGUUUCGGCGGCGAGAUGACAAGUAAAACAUACGAUUCCGUUACCGACAAAUUCAUGGACUUUAGCUUCGAGAAAACAAACUCCGCGUACAUGCUGUUCUACGAAUGGUGCGCCGAUCCUGGUGAUCAAGCGAAAGAGGAGGAAGCGACUGUCUCCAGUCCGAAUGCACGGCAGCCGUCCUCGCUUCUGCCGCAGAAGAACACCACACACAAUAAACUGCCGCCGUUGGAACUGAACAAAGAGCUCGAGGAUUGGAUAUGGCAGGAUAAUAUGCACUUUUUGCAGGAUAAAAAUAUAUUCGAGCAUACGUACUUUACGUUCAUGUGGCAGAUAUGCGGUUACAUACCGCAAACGUUGCUCUCCGUGCAACCGGACAUAACGGAAAUGUCGGCGGAUCUGUCAACGGCGUUCUUCAUGGAAACGUUCAUUCACGCGAAGGAGAAGCCCACUAUGGUACAAUGGGUGGAGCUGUUGACGAAACAGUUCAACAGUUCUGCCGGUGCAUGCGCCAGAUUUCUCGAGAGAAUGGCCAGCGAUUCGUGGUGGCCGAUUCAGAUUUUGGUCAAGUGCCCGAAUCAAAUGGUCAGACAGAUGUUCCAGAGGCUUUGCAUACACGUGAUACAACGAUUGCGUGCCACCCAAGCACCGUUGUAUCUACUACUCUGCGACGAUGAGAACGACGACGCCGCCGCCGCCGCCGCCGCCGCCGCUGCGACCGCCGUCAACACUGUCGGCACUCGAUCGUGCGUGACGCGAUUCGUGAGAAUGCUAUUGUCGCUCAUGGAACACGCGAAACAACAUCUCAAACAUCUCACCGAGUACUUCAGUUUUUUAUACGAGUUCAGUAAAAUGGGCGAGGAGGAGACGUUAUUCCUGAUCCGCGUACAGGCGAUAUCCACCAUGGUGAAUUUCUAUCUCGGGCACAAGACACACGAAUUCGUCGACGCGGUCAGCGAGGAAGAAGAGGAGGAAGAAAUUGUCGCGAUGCCGACCGAGAAACUGAGACCCGCAUCAUUGGAUAAAAUGAUCACCUUGAUAGCCACGUUGGUCGAGCGUAGCAGGGGACCCGAUCACAGGUUAGCUUUGUCACCGGCGGAUCUCAGCGCUGUCGCGGGUGGCAAAGGAUUUCCCUUUUUGUACCAGCAGACGCGCGACGUUAUUAACCUGAAUCAGACGAGAAACUUGAUUCAAUCGUUGUGCCGUUGGAACGACCGAUUGGCUAUACAUGUUAUCACGAUGAUAUUCCAAGCUAUAACGAAACAUACGGACGUGUGCCAGCCGUUCUUCAAGCUUCUGACAUUGUUGACGGAAAGUUCCGGGCCAAGUGGUCUACCGUGUAUGACGCAACUGAUCUUAGGUCGUGUAUGGGAAGCAGCCAGAGUAGCGCCUCAUGGUGCAUUGGAAUGGCUCGCAUUGGCUGUCACGAGGAGCAAACUCGCUCACGCCUGGGUGCUACAAGGUUUGGACACGUGGUUGCAACAUUUCUUAUUGGAACACUCGAAUCAGAGAGUACGUUCCGCGGCCGCGUUUCUUCUUGUAUCGUUGGUUCCAUCGACACACUUUAGACAAGGCUAUCGGAGCGCUCACAGAUUGGGUUUAGGUUGUAACACAUCCAGGGAAUUGCAACUGUCGCCGGAGGCGACGCUGAUACUGCAUCAGAUCUACACUGCUCUCUUAAGAUUACUGCAACCGGCGAGACAUUAUAUCGAUAUACAGACACACGGUACAAUGAAACUCACUGCCUAUUUUGCGUUGCUCACCUAUUGCGUUGUCUCCAAGACGGAGAAAUUAAUGUUCGGACAGUAUUUGAAUGACUUGUGGACACUGUUUCAUCCGAAACUCUCCGAGCCUAGUAUUCCGGUUCAUCAUAAUAAGCAAGCCGUAUUGUUGUUUUGGUACCACGUUUCUUCAGAUUGCCCAGAGAAUGUCGCUCUUAUACUUCAUAAUCCGCAUAUAACUAAAAACAUUGCAUUUAAUUAUAUACUGGCCGAUCAUGAGGAUCAGGAUGUAGUAUUAUUUAACAGAGUCAUGCUGCCGGCUUAUUAUGGUUUGUUACGACUUUGCUGUCAACAGUCACGCACUUUUACCAGACAAUUGGCCGCACAUCAGAAUAUCCAAUGGGCGUUCAAGAAUAUCACGCCUCAUCCUACUCAAUACUCAACUGCCGUGGACGAGCUGUUUAAAUUGAUGCAGUUAUUAGUAGCGAGACAUUCCGAUCAGACGGAACAAGAAGAAUCGGAAAUAGCAUCGUUCAGGAGAGGAACACUGUCUUCGUAUUUGCAAGGAUUAGAUGGCCGAUCCUGUUGGGCUACACUGAUUUCUGCAUUCCGUAUCCUCAUUGAAACCGAUGACGAUCGCCUGUACGUCGUGUACAACGGAGGAUUGAGUAUGGCUCUGGAAGCAUUUCACAUGUUGCACAUCAUGUACCACGAGGCAACAGCAUGCCACGUGGCCGGUGAUCUAGCUGAAUUGAUUGCAAUUAUCGUGGAACUUGUGCGUUGCAUCAGAACCGCCAGAGAGGGACCCGACGCGAGAAAUAUAUUGGCCAAUUGCAAAGAGUGGCCAGACAUUUUGCGCAAACUGGCAACAUUGUUGAACACGUACAAUCCUCCCGACAUGCGAAACCUUGCUAUUGAUCUUUUAAAAGAACUUGUCAUGCUUGUACCUGCCGAGGCUAUAUUAAUUUUAGCGCCAUUGCUCUCUCACUGCCACGCAGCUCUUCAAGAGUCCCAUGCCGCUGUUCCACCUGGUCCGUAUCUUCCAAGAAGGUCUACACCGCCAGGGAAAAUGCCUACGCGGCCUGCUAGACCAAUGGUUCAAAUGGCAGUACCGCAUUCACAGUUGGAAGCGUCAAAAGGAGUCGAUCCGGAAUACGACAGUGCUUUGCUCGAGUUUUAUUUACCGUAUCACGAACUUAUCGAUGUAAUGUGCAGAUUGGCAAUCAAUAAUGAUUGUAUGACGGACACAUUAGUCAACUUGAGCGCAAUGUUGGGAUUCGAAGGUGUUCCAUUACACUUGGCGCUAUUCCCACGAUUGUGGUUAGACGUACAUGCUGCUACACACAUAGACAGGAAGCAUAUCGCAUCUCUACUUUGCUCCUCUUAUACGGUUGAUUACGUAGAUGCUGUAUUACUGGACGAAAGAUCGUCGUUAGGAGUACCAGCAAUACACGCGUUCCUGAAGACCUUCUUUCCCAAGCUUGCUAACCAUGUCUUAACCGAACAAACAUGUUUACUUAUUGACAACUUAGUUAGUUCUAUGGUGGCAAUGGUGGAGGCAGUAGACAUUCAAGCGUCUGCGCAUAGAUUAACCGGAGAUUUAAGAGCAUUAGCACUGGUCUAUAGUAGCAGUACAAGACUGAAACCACCGGCUGCCUUGUUACCAGCCCUAGAAACGUUGUUGGCUCGAACCAGAACCAUUAAAGUGAAGGAAUCGAGUCAACAGGAAACCGAAGCACCCUCGAAGAAACGAAAGUUUACUGUUAACGAAGACAGUGAGACGACCGACAAGGAAUUGCAUCUACCAAUCAAAGAACUUAACGAACAGAAGAAUAUUUCUGAUAUAGACACCGAAGUAAAGGAUAAAACAGAAGCGAACGAUGUGAGCUCCUCUGAAUCUGGGGAUGACAAGACCAUAUCAAAGCACAAGAGUAACAGCCAAGUAGAAAAUAUACCGACUAGUAUCAGCACAACAUCCCCAAAUUUAUUUGAUACAGUGACAGCCAACAAUUGUACGAGCCAGUUAAGAUGUUCGUUGACCAAUGUCUCCUGGCUCGAAAUGCUUGAAAAGACCAUUGUCGAUCUGCAAAUGAUUGUGCAAUUACAAACAAAGAGCAACUAAUUCUGUACAUGUUUCCGAAUGGUGCUUUUAUCGU